UGUGAUUGCGAGUGUAAAUGUAACGCAGCUAAAGGCUCAAUUAACGAUACGAGUGUUUAACUGCGAGCUUUCUCCGAUGCCGCGAGAAUCUAACGCGCGUGGCAACGUUACCUCUCGACGAGUGCUUGGGUGAUACGUGAUCAUCGAGUCGGUUCUUUCGGCGGAGCGGGGGGGGGGGGCGGUAUUUGAGUUGACGUUCGUCCGUGGUGCGUGGCUGCCGUUUCGUUCUUGUAAACGCAAUGUUUGGAUUCAUCGAUACAAUCGUUUUUUUCCGCACGAUCGAUUAGCGUACUCACUCGCGCUCGGUAUCUCCGUAGCGACACGGCGAUCGCGCGGCACACCGUUCCCCUCAAAAUCCGCGGGUAUCGCGUGAUUUUCGUCGGAAUACGAAAAGUAUGGACACAUCGCCGUUGCACGAAAGCUGCUGGAUUUAGUAGAAAAUAUCGGACAAUCUUGGGCAUUUCACCAUGGAACGAUCGGCGGACGCGCUUCAGACGCGAGUCCUCGAAGUUGAAGAGAUAUCCACCGACGUCGAUGCACAGGCAACUCACACGACGCCAGUCGUUGCCGAUCACCGUGUAAGAGUCGCUGCGGAGGACGGACAGGAGUUGCCAGACACGUGUGCACCAUCGCCGGAACUGCCUACGUCAGUCGCGGGUGCUCCCUUGCAUAUCAGAGUGGAAUCCACAGCUAAAGGCCAUGCGGACGUAAGUCGUGGUGAAUCCGAGCCAGGCAAGCCGAACGCAACGACAGCCGGCGUACAGAAACAACCUGAGAUCUGUGAACGCGUCAGGGAGAAAGAGGCGACGAGUCAGUCGCAACGUUUGUGCUCCGAGGAAGACCAAAGCCUAAAUGUGAUAACUGUAUCUAAAGUAGUGGAAGUGGACAAGGAGGCUGCUCUGGAGAGUAAUCGUAACGUAGUAGAUGUAGAUGAAUUCGACGCUGCGGCCAGGCAGUAUCCAAUUACGGUAGACAAGUUCGAACUGGGCGACCAUUCCGGGGGCCAGACUCGCAACGCGCGUGAAUCAGUUAAGGAAACAAUCAGGGAAAUACACAAUAAUGAUAGUAGCCAGAAUAGCUCGAUAGUAAUGGACGCUGAACUGAGCAAGUUAGUACAAGAAGAAGAGGCGGUGGUCGUAGUGGUAGAGACCAUACCGGUUAUAACGGACGCGACAGCGAACGACUACAUCGUCACCGUGGACGAGAAGGACUCCGGCAAAGAGUGCGAUCAUGGGACCGCAGUCGGUUUGCAGGAGAAAUCCGACCAAGGGGACAACGAGAUCGAGCUGCUCGAUUACAGCCAGGAGAACGAUGGCACUAUAAUAGAAGUGACGGAAAUUAUAGACGCUCCGAUCGUGGAAGAGUGCGAGCAACGGGAUAACGAGGACUGCACGGAGAGCGAGAAGCACGAUGCGGCAGCUGUCAAGAUAAUCGACGGGAAAAUCGCGAUUGACAAAGGUAUAAAUGGCGAGAAUGGUGAAUCAAACGUGGCUGGUGACGAGGAUAAUAACAUCACUAUUAUUAUAGAUAAGAAGAUUGUAAUCACGGAGAACGAUGGUUUGGAAGCUACGAGAGACGCGCCCGAGAUUGGAGACACUCGUGAAAAUACUGUUCGCGAGGCGGUUGACGAUUCUGAACGAGAGACUACGCCUACCCGCGACUCGUCCGCGACGGACCCGUCGACGAAGAAGAGAAGCGUCAUCCAAGACAUUUUUGACGACUGGGGCGUCGAGAAUACGGACGAAGACGUGCAAUCGCCAUCGAAGGUACACGACUCGGUGGAAAUCGAGCUGAAGAGUCUGCUGGACGAAACGAAGUCGGAUCAGACUGUCAAGAUCGAAUCGUUCGCCGCUAUUCGAGACGAGGUUUCUUCGAGGAAUGUGGAUCGCGUCGCGGACGAAGACGCGACUGGUAAGAAGGACGCGGCGAAGCAGUCGACUGAACGAGCGGAGAAUCAAAAGACGAAGAAGCCGACCGAUCGAGAGACGGGUUCGGCCGUCAAGAGUGAAAAGAAUUCACCUGGUCAUCCGGUGGCUGGCAAGUCCUCUCGUGGCGCGGAAACGCGCGCGUUAAACUCGACGCCGCAGUCGCAUGCCAUUUCGAAAAAUCACUCUCGGCAUUUGACCAGUCAGAUAGCAUCGCCGGCGGAGGUAACGGAAGUGCUGAAACAGCGUCUUCGCGAGAAACAGAAGACCGUCGUGGACGCACCGCGCGGACCGGACAUAUUCUUCGUGAAGAAAUUAACGCAAAGGCUGUCCAGUAGACUGGCGGGCAACCCGAAGAAUCCGGUCUCGGGACUCGCCGGGUCGCAGCAAGCCACCCCACCUGCUCACUCCUCGUCUUCCUCUCUCUCUUCCGCAUCUGUACAACCAACGGCGGAUAAUUGUGACAAGAAAACGACGGAGACCAGCAAGGGCGGCAGUUCCGACAACAAGGAAUUGCUGGCUAUUCUAGAGGGCGACGUUGAUCCCGACUGGUCCGUUUUGAACCCUCCGGCACUCACGGAGGAGGCGAAAUCUCCCUCGUCGAACGUGGAGCCCGCUCACAGUGGUCCACCAAAGCUCGAUCCGUUGCUCGAACGAGAAUUGGCGUUGAAGCAGUUGCUCGAAUUGCCGGUCAAAAAGACUCCAUUGCGAAAGAGGAAGACUUUUCAACCGGCACCCGGCAAAGCUAAAGACGCUGUUACAAAAAGUUCGCUCGACACACAAUCGAAAGAGGAGAUUGUCAAUGUGGAUGUGCUGGGGAGUGAAGAAGCGCCAGCGAAUCCAGAAUCGGCCGAGGCCAGGUUGUGCUCGACACCACCUCGUAAACACACGGAGGAUCGCAACGAUCGGAUGGCUGAACUGGUGGUGAUGCGGGCAGAGGAGUCGAGAUCGGGUAGGAAGCGUAAGCCUACCGAGAAAGCGAGGGAACACGAGCAGAACACGAUGAAACGGCAGAAGGUAUACAGGGGUAAGGUUUCGAUGGAUAAGAGGCAGGAGGGCAAUCUUGAAGGCAGCGCGAUGGUGAAGAUGGUCGUGAUGAAGAACGAGGUGAAAACUGACGAUGCAAAUAAUGUAACAACGACGAAGAAGGAAGCGACGGACAAGGAACUGGAAGAUAGGACGGAUCCGAGUGCCAAUCAAGUGGACAGUUUCCUCGUGGAACGGUCGAAACAGAAUCUCGUGAAGAAAGGGCCGAUCGCUAAGAGAAAAGUGAUGGUCAAGAGAUUGCUGCGUCAGAAAAUGCCGACCAACGCGAAACCCGUUCAAUUAAAGACGAAGUUGAGCGCUUCGAAGAAAUCAGCCUCAAAGGUGAUCGCCAAGCCGCAAAAGCGAACGUCCGAGGGCGCGUCCGGUGACGCGAAGCCGAAGAAGAAGAGCAUCAACGAGAUAGACAAGUUACUGCAGGACGAGGGUGUUGUGAAUUUGUUGUACGACGUGGAGCAGCCGACGAAGAAGCGUCUGGUACCCAUCACGAAGUCACGAGCGAAAGUAAUGGACUUGCAGAAGGUGCAGCGCGAAUUGAAGAUUCGCAAGAAGCUGGUUCGCAACGCCGUGCUACGGCUGCGCACGUCGACGACUGCGGGCGUGACGAAAGUGUCACCGAGAUCCAAGAGAACGGCGGUUCAGCCGGCUGACGUUCAGUUGGACAGGAAGGUGGGCGAACAGGCCGUAUCGCCGAAAACCCCCAACAGUGCGACGUCACCCACGGAGUUUAUACUCCCGGCGAAGAUCCGCAAUGCGGCCGAUGCGUCGAUCAUCGUCAGGAGACACUCGUCGAGCUCGUUCUCGAGCGCGUCCGGUAGCCCGAGAGUCAGUGUCGACUCACCCGCGGAGAGGCCUUUCGCGGACACCGGCAAACCGGACGACGGGACGGCUCACUCUUUGCGAUCUGCCAAAAAGAGACGAAAUUCGCAAGAUGAGAAGAUGAACAACGCAAAGAGGACCAAGAAGAGGAGGUCUGACACCGACGACGGCACCGGUAACGCUGAUACGAUCAAUACCCUCGAAAUUGGUACGGCUACCAGCGAUACCGUGACCAGCGACGUGGAGGAGAAAGUCACUGUCGCUGCGCGUCCUGGCAAGAAGUCAGACGUGAAGAAACUGGACAAGACUGUCAAGCAGGAAAAUGUUUCCACGCUCGAGGACAACGUUUCGAGUAAAGUCACGACCAGGUCGUCGAAUGGUGCGGUAACACCGGGGAAAGUGACGGCGAAGAGCAGACGGGCUGUAAAGAGUAAAGUGACAUUUGCCAGGGCAAAUGAUCCCGACAAUGCCGAGGAAUCUUCCAAGGAGGAGGACGAAUUGUCGGUCUGCCUCGCCGAAGCGGCCACCGCUCUUUCGGUCGUCAGCGCCCGGUCUGGUAAUGUCACAGUUACGCGAAAAAGCAAAGCAAACGCAAGCACCGCAAAGACCGACCUGGACAGUAAAAAAGCGAAGACAGAAGCGCAAAAUCAGUUCAGCAACAAGGAGAUAAACGUACGUCGGCACGGUAAUCUUGUACAGUUGAUACUCACGCCAUCCUCUUCGACGAAAGUGAGAAACGCUCUUACGCUGCAAGUGAUGCAAGAGUUCAGGGAGGCUCUGUCGAUAUUGAAGAGGGACGACGAGUGCAGAGUAGUACUGCUGACCUCCACAGGCACGAGCUUCUGCGAGGGUCUCGAUCUGUCGAUGUUGUUGCACGCGAACAAAGAGGAACGACGGUCCGUCGCUCAAGAGCUGGCGCAUGCCGUCAAGGACUUUAUCAAAAGCCUGGCCACCUUCAACAAGCCGAUAGUUGCUGGAGUGCAAGGUGCUGCAAUCGGACUCGGAGUGACCAUGUUACCUCUCUUCGACCUUGUAAUUGCCAGCGAUAAAGCGACAUUUUGCACCCCUUACGGGAAACUAGGACAAAUCGCGGAGGGAGCCGCCGUUUUCACUCUCUCGCAUAUACUGGGCAGUGCAAUCACGAGCGAACUUUUAUUGAGUGGAAGAACCUUGACAGCAAGCGAAGCAUUAAGAGCUGGUCUCGUUACUCGAGUUCUAUGGCCUGAUCGGUUUCAAGUAGAAUUAUUACCAUCCUUGCGGGCUAUGGGCGAUCAGUCAUCACAAUCCAUGGAGGCAACAAAGGCCCUAUUACGUCACAGCUUACGGAAAAAGUUGGACGCUGCGCUUGAAUCAGAGACGUAUCUAUUGAUUCAGCAUUGGUGUUCCACGGAGUGCCAGACUGCUAUAAAAGCUUACAUUGAUGGGAAAAUUCAAUAAACGACGUGCAAAUACUACUGAUACUUCUGAGUUGACCUUGCAAGAUGCGCUAGAAAUUGAAAGUGAUGACGAGUGUGUGAAUAUGAGCACGUGAUAUCAUAAUGAAGAUUCUACUUAUGAUGUAACAUUCUAUGUCUCAAUACGCACGUUUACCCUAUAUUUUAUUUAGAUAUAUAAGAUAUAAAGAUUAAGUCACAAAAAAGAUGAAUUAUUUUACUAUUAGAUUAUUUAGAGAUAAAUCUAUGAUGCGUAAAUUUGAAUAUAUACACACAAACAUCGUGUAUAUGAACAUGUAUGUAUAUAUAUGUGGAUAUAUAUACUUGUACAUAUAUAUAUAGACACGCAUAUACACACACAACACACAUACAUCUUUCCACAUCAUGUUGUCCACAUAUUGCUAAACUGAAAUAAAGAUACAUCCAUUGUA